UUGCGCGAAACCGGUUGGCGAGACCGGACGCUGCCCCAGCCGGUACAACCCAAUCGCCACACAAAGUCGAUGGUGGUCAAGCGGGCACGGCGCCGCAACCCCGAGACGCGCUGCGCCUUCAAGCUCGACGCGCUGAAGCGCGAGAUCUACGACCUCCAGUGCACGAUCGAGCGGCUCCAGCGGCGCCCGCGUGGCUCGUUGCUGGCUUGGGAAGACGUCGCCAAGGCGCUCCAGGACGACAUGCUGCGGCUCGUGAGCGAGAACCGCCGGCUCCAGCGCACCCAGCGAGCGUAUGCGCGCUUUUACCACGUCGUGCACGCCUGCGCCCAGCUCAGCAUCGACCGCGUGCCGAGCGUGGCCGAGGAGACGUGGCGCCACACGCAGCUGCUAUCAAGCGACCCGACGUCACGGGCCCUUGGCUGCGCAUGGAUUCUCAAACAAGUGUACUAUAAUACCCGCCGCGCCAUGAGCGCGUUCGCCUUUCCCGAAUCAAUGGAGAGUGUCGUCGACGUGCAUGUGACCGUCCACGACAACCGGCUGCAAAUCCACGUGGCGACACAGCAAGUCGUAGCCCACUCGCUGCGUGACGUCGCCGACGCCUACUGGACCGCCGAGCAGUCGUUCGCGCGCCGGUUCGUCGGCCAAGACGACAGCGACGACGAGCGCAUCGAGCUUCUCUCCGACUCGAUGCAGUACAUGCACGAAGCCCUCGCGUAUCGUGAUUCGAGCGUCUGCUACAACGUCCUCAGCGGGCGCUUUGAUGACGCAGCAACGUCGACCUUUGUCUUGCGGACCGUCCUCCACGACGAGCUGCACCCAGCGGCACCGGCCGCGUGGGUCGUCGAUACCAAACAAUGGACGGUCGUUGACGCGCUCUCACCGCACAUGACGCGGUGCCGGACGUACUACGUCAUUCAGCACCCGAUGAUUGGGCAAGAACAGACGCCCGUGCCUUUGACGGUGUUUGGCCGUGCGUUUGGCCUCGAUGAUCACGAUCCAUGCGUCCUUGCGCGCGCGGUGCAAGAGCGGUCGGCCGCCAACCACCGACGGCAGCGCAUGAGCUUCCAGACCUACUUUGAGGGCGUGUUGCAGCGGCAGAAGGUCGCUGCCACGUCACAAGGUGGGCGUGCCCCGGGGCACACGACGCUGUGUUAGUUGUCGUCGGGCGAGCGUCAACGGUGCAAGCCGCCAUUUCCCGCUCCGUGGGAUGCGAAAUAAUACACACCGCCUGUCGCUAACUCAAACUCAAACUCAAAUCGAGUGCAAAGUGCAAAGUGCACUUUCUCUACACGUUGGC